AUGGACGGAUCCGCCGCCCCGCUGGAUGAGCAGCUUGAUCCGCCCGCUCGUAUCUUCGAACGACUGAGACAACUGGCCGGCUAUUCGUGGGACGAAGCUAACAAACCUGUCCAUUCGACUUAUGAUAACUGGCACUUUUUUGGCACUCGCUUCGUCCCUCAUUCGACUACGUCGUCCACGUCGGCACAGACCCUCUCCAAUUCAUCUACCUUUCCUAAAAUCAGUCCGAGCCGCGCUGGGACUCUUACUCUCGAGUCUCAGCUUUCUUCUGGCCCUAGAAGUGAUGGCAGUAAUGACCGCAUCAACAGCACAUCGCCAUCAACCACCUCCGUCGUUUCACCCACCGAUGCUACCCUUAAUCUCGACGGGCAACCGGUUGUGGCCCGGGUGUCCUAUCAUGUCCUACGCGAGGAGAGAGCUUUUCAUACAGCAAAAACACUCAUAGCUACUGCUGACCCAGAUGGAGUACACAACGCAAAGCCCAUCGACUUAGUCCGCCUCAGUCCGCAACCCAGCGAUCGUGGCCCCAUUAUUGUUGCUAUCUAUGAGCACCUUGGUCCCAAUUACCUCUUCCGAUCGUUAGAUCACGGGCCCGCAUUCUACUAUGCUAAGAAAUAUGACGAUAGGCUGGAGGCAUACAGACGGGACGACUUCAAGCUCGACCCCCCUAUCAGCUUGAUGUACUUCUUAGAUUUUGCUAUCGGCGCUACCGAAUGUUUAGAACUUCUACAUCAUCGUCUUGGAAUGGUACACGGAGAGAUUAGAGGUGAUGCCUUCCAUUACAACAUGCACACCAAUCAAGUUAAGCUAGUCAGCUUUGGUUCCGGGGUACGCUCCUUCGAACAUGGGCUUACAAGCACGGGAUGGUCGAUGCUUUCGAAAGAACUUGGGGCCAAAAACAAGCUCGUCUAUAUCAGUCCGGAGCAAACAGGACGCAUGCCAGCCGAACCGGAUACACGAACGGAUAUCUAUUCGUUAGGUGUCUUGUUCUGGAUGCUUCUCACGCAACAGCCUGCUUUUACGGGUGUCACGCCUCUAGACAUUGUGCAGUGUGUGCUAGGCCGUCGGAUACCAAUGGUGUCAAAUCUUAGGACUGACGUCCCUGAAGCUAUAUCGCGUAUCAUCCAGAAAUGUACAUCUAAGCAUAUCCCAGAUCGUUACAACUCUGCCAGUGGUCUCAGAUACGACCUCCGGUCUGUUCAGAAAUUACUAGAACUCGGUGACCAAGAAGCUCUGAAGAACUGGACCGUUGCUUCUAAGGACGUGUCAUCCUAUUUCAUGCUCCCUACUGCGAUGGUGGGACGCGAUCAGGAAAAAGCAGUAAUAGUCAACGUUAUCGAGCGUGUUUCGAGAUCUCAAGCUUUAGGGAAGAAAUACAACACUUCUCACUUUUCGGAUGUUUCGGGCCGUGCUAGUGACAUACUCGACACGAUUGAUGGAUCCAGCGACGGUGAGGUCUCUGUUGACGUGGGGCAUGGCCCGAAUAACUCGUUUACACAGACCAACUCUUCAGCUGCGAAACAUAUGUUGGAUGAAGCUCAACAAUCAGUCAACGGAACCGAUACACACGCCGUUUCGGAAGGAACUAUAUCGUCUAAUAACUCGGCUAGAUCAAUUAUUUCUGGAAACCAAUCGUCAAAGACGUGGGAACGACACCCAUCAGUAUCUGUUGAAGCCAAGAGCGGAACAGAUAAUGCAAGUGACAGACCUGCUUCUGUAAAGCAAACCACAAGUGCAUCCAGUGAAGCCUCCACUAGACUCUCGAAACAAAUAGGCACGGUCAAGUAUCGACGAAGAGGUCAUUGUGAGAUAGUCACAAUUGAAGGAGCUGGAGGCCUAGGAAAGAGCUUCCUUGUACAACAGGUCCUUGUAGAAGCUAGGAGGAGAGGAUAUUGCGCGACGGCGAAAUUCGACACUGCGAGGCGCACUGCAUUUGCACCGCUUCUAAAAUUGGUGUCCUCGUUGUUCAGGCAAGUUUGGGGUGAGAGAAACACAGAUACUUCUCUUCACACCAGUUUACGGGAUUACGUCCGGCCCCUAUGGCCAAGCCUUCAUCAGAUACUUGGGCUACCUGAAUUCCUCUUUGGCCCCCCAGAUCCAAAUGUUACGAGGCCACCGUCCUCGGCACCCAGUUCUGCAAGUUCACGCAAUAGUCUUUAUCCCCUAAGAAGAAGAGGAUCAUCUGGAAGCUCCCCGGCGAGCUCGCUACCGCGCAGCCCCCAUGCGCCGUCGCAAUCCUCGCAUGAUUACGUACGCGCUGGCGCUUCGACGAAGACGAUUCGUUUCAUGAAUACUUUCUUAGAUAUUCUUAGAAUAUUCGCCGCUCACCAUUUCAUGUGCUUAUGCCUUGAUGACCUUCAAUUUGCUGACGAUGAAUCAAUGGAGUUGAUCACCCAAGUGAUUGCUGCGAGAUUGAAAAUGCUCCUCAUCAUAACGUAUCGCCCCGAUGAAAUAGACCCAGAGAAAGUACACAAGAUAUUACACCCGGUAGCGUCAGAAGAGAAUCCGAAGUCUAACGGCUCAAAAAUCACCAGAGUCGUCUUGAAGCCAUUGACCGAAGAUGAAGUCGGGCGAUAUGUCGGUUACACAUUGUGUUGUCCCCCAGAAGACGUUGCUCCUUUGGCACUUAUUAUCCAAUCAAGGACUGCGGGAAACCCAUUUUACAUAAGAGAGAUGCUGAAUGCAUGCUACCGUCAAAGAUGUAUUUGGUACGGCUAUCGUGAGAGCCGCUGGCUUUACGACUUGGAUCGACUUUUUGAGGAAUUCAAGGGCGAACAUGGCCAUAACGUCUUGGAUAAUGAUUUCAUUACUCGACGGCUGAACGAAUUACCGCCGGCAUCGCGUUGGAUUAUGGCUUGGGCCGCGCUAUUAGGCAACUCUUUCUCGUUUGAUCUGAUCUGCCAACUGAUGAGCGGCGAAUAUGGUCUUGUUGAUGAUGAACUCAACGGAACAGAAGAUAUCAACCAUCGCACAGUAUUCUCAAAGGCCGAAGUUGUGGCAGGUUUGCAGGCUGCUGUUAAUUCGUGCAUCAUCGUUCAAGGGGAUACGGAUGACCGAUUUCGGUUCGCUCAUGAUAGAUAUGUUCAAGCAGCAGCGUCUCUGAAGGAGUGCAACAUCCGAAGCAUGCAUUUCAUCAUAGCGCAAACCCUUAUGGCGCAGUUUAGCUCCGGGAUAAAGACGAGGGACGAUACUGCUGCCCAUGUGUGUGAGUGUGUCGACAUGAUCAAGGGGCGGGUCCACAAUCGUUAUCCUUUCCGAAAGCUUCUCAUGGAAUGUGCUGCAACUGCUAUAGAAAACGGCGCAAAACCGACUGCAGUCAAAUACUAUCGUCGCGCUAUAUUGCUUCUACAACCGGAUCCUUGGACCGAAGGAAAGGACGAUGUGCACUAUGACGAGACACUUCAGCUGUAUCUCAGAGCUGCAGAAUGCUAUGUUUAUAUGGGUAACCAUGAAGCGGCCCAAGAGUUGACGGAUACUGUUUACGACAAUGCUACGACAAUGGACGAUAAAGCAGCUGCAGCUGUACUACAUUCCCGCAUUCAGUUCCAAACUGGCAAUGCUAUCGCGGCGCUCGCUACUCUAAAGCAGAGUUUGCAUCAAUCAGGCGUCGAGUUUGACCACAAGCCUACUUGGGAGAAGUGUGAUGAGACUUUUAUGGCACUCUCCGAGAAGCUCAAGGUCUUAGGUCAUGCAGAAGCAGUCAACCCUUCUCAUGAAGCCAAGGCCCAGAAAAUGACCUCCGGCCUUCUUCUCGCAGACGCUGCCCAAGCUGCUUGGUGGAGCGAUGCUCUCGAAUUCUACAACCUAGCGCUCGCCUUGAUGAACAUGCACUUAACGGAUGGACCUAUGCCCCAAUCUUCCAUGGCCUUUCUGUAUCUGGCCAUGAUUGCGUUGUCAAGAUUUAAUAUGUUAGACUUCGCGUCAGAGCUUGGGAGCCAAUGUUCAACGCUUCUCAACGCAUAUCGGGACCCUACAUCGAUCGCUCGCGGAUAUAUGGCGUACGCGACGUUCAUUAGUCACAUAAACACCCCCCUUUGUAUAUCGGUUGCAUUUUGUGAGCAAUCUCUUGAUUGUGCCGCGAGUGCAGGUGAUCGGGCGUCCGUGAUUCUCAGCUUCGGUCUUUCGGUACAGAUGAAAUUUUUCGCGAGUGACAACGUUGCUGAUUUAGAAUCUGUGUGUCAAUACUGCUGUGAGGAAGUUCCUGGCUGGCAUCAAGACACUAGUGGCGGAACUUUCUUGAUAUCAGUAAGGCAAGUGUGCCGAUCACUUCAGGGGAAAACCAAUACGAUGGAUCCAAAGGGUGUCAUGUCUGAUGACCAACACGAUUCCAUUGCAUACAAAGCUUGGCUUGAUGGCUAUGUAAAUAAUGGCGGCAGAUCAACUCUUUUUUACGAAACCUUGGAGAUUAUCCCUUUGUAUCUCUACGGACACUAUGAAGAAGCGUGCACGCUUGGACGCAGAUGCGAAAGCAAGCUUGACUUGAUUUGGUCAGCCCGCAACACCAGAGUGGUCCUCUUUUUCUAUGGGCUAGCACAUGCAGGCCUUGUUCUACAGAAACUGGCAGAUCCACGCACGAACAAGGCGGAUAUGGGGCAUGAAAUUCAAGAAGCCAUUGAUCAAAUCAAGGGCUUCAGCCAGAAGGUCAAAGAUUGGCAACAGAUUUCCAAUGUUAACUACCUCGCAUGGUCCAAGUUUCUAGACGCUCAGGUCGCAGAGCUCAGUGGAGAGCAUGGCUCUGCUAUCCGCCUGCACGAGGCGGGUCUAGAUCAUGCUUCGGAAUAUGGACUCACUUUUGAGGAAGCUCUUGGGAAUUACUUAAUGGCUGGGUUUUUCAUCAGACAAUCGGCAAGGCGAUCAGCAACGGCGGUGCUGAAGGAAGCGAUAUCCCUCUGGAAACAAUUAGGAGCAAACGGGAUUGCCCACGCAAUUGAAGAGGAUCAUAUCCUCCUACUUCACGGCCCUACCCCAAAUCCUCGUUUGACUGAAGCAGCCGUCCAAACAGACUUUGCCGGCGAUUCGGCAUCUGUCACGUAUACCGCCGACGGUGAAGAUGUUCGUCAAGCAGGACAGCCCGCAAUCGAAGAGACGAAGGAGACUAGAAUGGCAGCAUGGCGCGGAUCAACAACACAAACAGAGCCGGGCGUCGGUCUUCCAGCGCUCGAUAUGAUUGAUCUACACGCUAUUCUCGUCUCGUCACAGGUCAUAUCCUCUGUCCUACGAGUCGACGUCUUACUAAAGACAAUGUGCGAUGUCAUACUGCAAACCUGUGGGGCAUCUGUCACGCAAGCAGCGAUCAUCGUCCCAGAUGAGGAUAACAAGGCCGAUAGCAAUUGGUGUAUCGCUUCUAGCGGUGACCCAGAAAAGGGUGCAACAGCCCACGUGCCCAGACUUCCCCUUAUCGGCACAUCAUUAGUUGCAGAGAACGUCAUUCUCUACUGCACGCGUUUUCGUGAAGUAGUUUUCAUCUCCGAUCUCCUCACCGACGAGAGAUUCGGUAAUGUAGCAGAAUCCUGGCUACAAAGGAACCCAAUGAGCAAGGCCGUCGUUGCAAUUCCCAUAUGCCAUGGCUCAAAGCCGCUUCUCGGUGUACUUUACCUUGAGGGAGAGUCGGGAUCAUUUACUGACAGAAUAAUCACUGUAUUGCAAUUACUAGUAAACCAAAUAGGGAUCAGUUACUCUAAUGCCCUCGCUAUGAAAGAACUUGAGAAGGCAUUCAAGGAGAAUGACGCCAUGAUCGAUCUGCAAAAGAGGGCACUCGCGCAAGCCAGGGCUGCCGAAGCUAAAGCAAAAGAUGCGGAAAAUGAAGCUAAACGCAACGUUAAAAUUGCCGAGGAAGCCGCUAAAGCGAAAAAUAUCUUCCUUGCAAACGUGUCCCAUGAGCUACGUACUCCAUUGAACGGCGUUAUCGGCAACUCGGAACUCUUGAGGGACAGUAAUCUCAACAAGGAACAGUUAGAGAUGGCCGAGUCCAUUCGAGUGUCAGCUGACCUUUUACUUACUGUUAUCAAUGAUAUACUUGACUUUUCCAAGAUGGAGGCCGACAAGAUGAAGCUAUAUAUCAUCGCAUUCAAUCCAGAAGAGAUGGUUCGUGAAGUGGUUAGAGCAGUCUCAUACAGCAAUCGAGAGAAGACAUCAAAGAAGAAUGUCAAAAUAGUUCAAGACAUUGACCUACCUUCUAUGCUCAUAUACGGAGAUCCCAUACGUCUUCAUCAGGUCCUUGGGAACCUUAUUGGGAACAGUCUCAAGUUUACCGAAGACGGAUCUAUCACCAUUGGUGCUAAGGUUGAACACGACUGGCCGGAAAAGGUUGAACUGACUUUCUGGGUUCGAGAUACAGGCAUUGGAAUCCCGCCAAAACAGCUCGCAAAACUCUUCAAGCCAUUCAGUCAGGCCGACGCCAGCACUGCUCGAAAAUAUGGUGGUAGUGGUCUCGGGCUCAGCAUCUGCAAAUCAUUAAUCGAGACAAUGAUGCACGGAGAGAUUAAACUCGAAAGCCAGGAGAACACCGGUACCACGGUUUUGUUUACUGUAACCUUCGAGAAAGCAAAACCAGAGGUAUCUGCUGGCGAUGUUCAAAACAUACAGCUGCCACCCACGACCGAACAACCCAGAAACCGCAUCCAGCAGAUAAUUAAGGACGACUCAGAAUUCUCAUAUAUAGACUUAACUAUGAUACCCAAGGAACAACUGCGGAUCUGUAUUGCUGAAGACAAUCAGAUCAACCAGAAAAUAGCUAUUCAGUAUGUGCGGAGACUUGGCUACACGCACGUGGAUGCGUACGAGAAUGGACUAAAGGCUGUGGAGGGGCUCCGACGCAAAGCUCGAGAAGGAAAGCCAUAUCAUAUUGUUCUCAUGGAUGUUCAGAUGCCUGUUCUCGACGGUUACGAAGCAACGAAGCUCUUACGCCAAGAUCCUAACGAAGAUGUCAGAACCAUUUUGGUCAUCGCAAUGACGGCCUCGGCUAUCCAGGGCGACCGUGAGAAAUGUUUGGCUGCUGGGAUGAACGAUUACUUGGCUAAGCCAGUUAAAGUUGAUUUGCUCAGGCGGAAGCUUGAUACGUAUACUGUUGCGCAAAUACUGGAUUCGAACAAGGCGGGGGAAACUAGUUCGAGCAGUUCGCCAACGCCGAGCGCUUCGCCGGUUGGGAAGAGUUGA